AUGGUAAUGGAAGGACUGUGUCGGAUGAUAGAUAAGUUAGAGCAAAAUGGUCUGUAUGAAGGUUUCAAGGUUAGUCAAUAUGGAAAGCAGGUGACCCAUCUGCUCUUCGCCGACGACACCCUGUUCUUCUCAAACGACUCUCCAGAUCAAAUACAAGUAAUUAGAGCUACCCUUAUCUGGUUUCAAUUAUGUUCGGGUUUGGGAAUCAACCCAUCUAAAAGCUCUGCAAUCAGCAUUGGGAACACUUCUUGUAAUGAGAUAGUAAAUCUAAUCUUGGGUUGCUCCAUCGAAGAACUGCCGAUCAACUACCUUGGUAUGCCUACAGGGGGAUCUUAUAGAAGCAAAUUCAUAUGGGAUAUUGUGAUUGAAAGGACCAAAAAUAUACUACAAGGAUGGAGCUCGAAGUUCUUAACUUAUGGAGGGAGGCGUGUACAAAUUCAGAAUGUGUUGAGUUCACCGGACAUUUACUUGAUGUCAGUUUAUUCAAUGCCAAAAUCAGUAUCGAAAAAGCUAAAUGGGGUUUUGAGAAGGUACUUGUGGAAUAGCACAGACUCUAAUAAAAAAUACCCACUGGUUGCGUGGAACAAAUGUUGUCAAAGCAAAGAGAGGGGAGGGCUUGGGAUUCAGGAUUUGAACAUCACUAAUGAUGCUCUGCUGUGCAAGUAG